GAGGGUGUCGCCCAUCAAGCUGGCGGCCAAGUGGCCGCUGGCGGCCGACAGCAACGCCGUGAGGUACGGAGGCCUCGGGUCGCAGGAGCUCCGCACGGGCGCGUCGCCCACGCAGCAGCGGCAGAUGGGGGAGCGGCUGCCACGGGCGGUCGGCACCUUCAAGGAGAAGACCCUGCUGGUGGCCCCGCCGCUGCUGCUGCAGUCCCGGCGCAAGGCGCGUCCGUGCGGGUGGGAGUUCGCCGACGAGGUGCUGGACAGUUUCGUGCGCGUGGGCCGCGAGCUGCGGUGCGACGGAGUGUACACCUGCCCCUCCUUCUCCAGCAGCUCCAUCUAUCAGUGCCCGGGCGACCUAGAGGACGGCGUUUUCUUCGGGAUCGAGCCCCGCCAGUUCGAAGGCCAGGGCUGGUAUGUUGAGGUCCUUCAGACCAUCACGGACAUCCCCGUUCUCGUACGCGAUGUGUCCGGCGAUGGGCAGCGAACGUUGGUAGAAAGCAGCAGUUUCUUAGAUACCUUGACAGAGAAGUUGGAGAUUCGCGCCGUCUUCUUCGCGCCAGUAUCUGGCAUCACGACCUCUCUCACCGUGAGCUUCAGCAUGAAGCCGGACGGGUUGUCGAAUUCGUACACUAUCCGCCACUUCGUGGCUCUGAUCGGGGACGAGCUGACGAACUUCCAGGUGUUAAUCGCGGUCUCCCUCAUCUUUCAGGCCGCUCUAAUCAUUCAGAUGAUAGGCGAGGGACGGAUACUCUGGGGUCAGUGGAAGAAAGAAAAGAUUGUGGACCGGCGGGCGUACGUCGGCCUGCUGAUCCACAGUUGCGUGGCAGUUCUCAGCGUGGCCUCCUCGACGUUGUCAUUGAUUGCAGCCGGCAACUCUGAAGCCUACACCAAAAUCACAGUGGCUGAGUUCGUGAACCAAGAUUGGGGUUCCAGCGCGCGCUCAGACGAGAAGGUCACCACUUUGGUGGGCUCCCUCGAGGUCCUGCUCAGCCACAUGGACUGGGGGGACUGGAUCGAGGGGCUUGCCAUGAUUCAGGCUCUACUUAUCUUCAUUGGCGUUCUUCUAUCUACCAGUUUGCAUCCCCGCGUGGCAAUGAUCACCUCCACACUCGAGCACGCUUUGUCCGACAUUUUCCACUUCACUGUGAUUUUUCUUUUAGUACUCCUUUCCUUUGCAAUCAUUGGCACCUGGCGAUUCGGGGCGCUGCGUGAAGACAUGUCGACCAUUUUCAGAACAAUGUGUACUCAGAUGGAUGCGAUUCUGGGUCCACCAGGAACGCUCAUGCUGUCCGACCUAUCGUCGGCUGGCACGCUCGAGCACGAGUACUUCGUCUACGUUUUCCUCCUUCACGUAGUGAACUUCUUCUGUCUCGUGAACUUCUUCCUUGCCAUUAUCGUGAACGGUUACACCCGGCAUUCUGUGGGAACCGAGUACACAGACGUGGAGAACGACAUCAUAUCGGAUGCCGUCAUCGGGCUUUUAAGACUGUGGUACGGAAUCCGGUACGGGUGGAGUUCCAACAGAACGAUUGCAUUGGCAGUCUCCGAGCUGCCGAGCACUUUCAUCGCAACCAGUCACUUGACGAGUCCUCGCUUCUGUCACGUCUUCCCGAACACGAAGAGCGCGGAGGCUUUCCAUAAAUUCUACUGUACAUGGGUGAGUAAUCUGACGAGGUUUGAUGAAGGGCAGCUUCCGGAAGAUGACGUCAAGCCUCUUGUGCUCGCCAUGGAGAGCAGACAGAACGUUCGUCUGACCAGGAGCGAAUUAAUGCAGUCCCUGCAGAUGAAAGUUGCGAGAGAGGACAACCAGCUCCGCAUUGAGCGAGGGGGCUCGGUGUCCAGCGGGGUGGUCUCGGAGAUCUGA